AUGUCGGUAUAUGGAACCGAAUAUAUAUUGAAGUACUGUGAUCAUCUCCAUGGAAAGUGGUACUUUUCUGAAGUCAGAGCAAUCUUCUCCAGGCGAUACCUGUUACAAAACAAUGCCAUCGAAAUCUUCUUGGCUAGUAGAACAUCCAUCAUGUUUGCAUUUUCGGAUCAAACCACCGUGAAGAAAGUCAUCAAGGCGUUACCCAGGGUUGGCGUUGGCAUUAAAUACGGCAUACCACAGACAAGAAGAGCCAGCAUGAUGUCUCCUAGGCAGCUUAUGAGGAAUUCCAACAUGACACAGAAAUGGCAACGCAGAGAGAUAUCGAAUUUCGAGUAUUUGAUGUUCUUGAACACCAUUGCCGGACGGACUUAUAACGACCUCAACCAAUACCCCGUUUUUCCGUGGGUACUCACGAACUAUGAUUCCAAAGACUUAGAUUUGAGUCAGCCAAGUAAUUACAGAGACCUAUCGAAGCCAAUAGGAGCCCUCAACCCAAGCAGGAGGGCAUAUUUCGAGGAAAGGUAUUCCACGUGGGAACACGAGAGUAUUCCGCCAUUCCAUUUUGGGACGCACUAUUCAACUUCAGCUUUUGUAUUCAAUUGGCUGAUCAGGCUGGAGCCUUUUACCACGAUGUUUUUGUCUCUCCAAGGAGGAAAAUUCGACUACCCAAACAGACUCUUUUCAUCUCUCUCGUUAUCAUGGAAAAACUGCCAGCGAGAUACAUCCGACGUUAAAGAACUCAUCCCGGAGUUCUACUUCCUACCAGAAAUGUUCAUGAACUCCAACAGGUAUCGGCUAGGUUUGAACGAAGACGGAAAACCAAUUGGUGACGUGGAAUUACCACCGUGGGCUAGUUCACCCGAAGAAUUCGUUCGGAUAAACAGAAUGGCUUUGGAGUCCGAAUUCGUAUCUUGUCAACUGCACCAGUGGAUAGACUUGAUAUUCGGUUACAAGCAAAGAGGGCCGGAAGCAAUCAGAGCCACGAAUUGUUUUUAUUACUUGACUUAUGAGGGAAACGUCGACCUAGAAUCAGUGCAGGACAAGGUCAUGAAGGAAGCAAUAGAGAAUCAAAUCAAGAAUUUCGGCCAAACUCCUUCGCAGUUGCUCAUGGAGCCGCAUCCGCCUAGGAGCUCUGCAAUGCAUUUGUCUCCGAUGAUGUUCUCCAGCAUUCCAGAUGAUGUGUGCAUGACAAUGAAGUUUUUGUCGAACAGCCCCAUCGUCCAUAUAUCGGCUAAUACUUACCCCCAACUGCCGAAUCCUUCCGUAGUGACAGUUACCAUGCACCAACAGUUUGCAGUUAAUAAAUGGAAUUCAGCAUAUGCAGCUGUAGCUCAGUCGCCAAGUUAUGCUGACACUCCACAGAAUCAAGCUGCCAAUCUACCGCUGUCCAUGGAUACGGUUCUGUCUAUAACUAACAACAGUAGCACUCAGAAUCAGAUGCAGAGACGCCAUCUAGGGGACAACUUCAGCCAGAAUCUAAAGAUCCGUUCGAACUGUUUCGUGACCACAGUCGACAGCAAAUUCCUCAUUGCUUGCGGCUUUUGGGAUAACAGCUUCCGGGUCUUCUCCACCGACACAGCCAAGAUUGUUCAGAUCAUCUUCGGCCACUACGGAGUUGUCACUUGUCUAUCCAGGUCCGAAUGUAAUAUAACUUCGGAUUGCUACAUCGCCUCUGGAUCUGCAGACUGUACGGUUUUGUUGUGGCAUUGGAACGCUAGAACGCAAACUAUUGUGGGAGAAGGAGAAGUACCGACGCCUAGAGCCACUCUCACCGGACAUGAACAACCAGUGUCUAGUGUUGUGAUUUCUGCUGAGCUGGGUUUAGUAGUUUCUGGAUCAUACCGAGGACCUGUCUUGGUACAUACAACAUUUGGUGACUUGCUUCGAUCAUUGGAGCCACCUUAUUCGUUCAUUUCACCAGAAAACAUAGCAAUGUCAAGAGAAGGAGUAAUCGUUGUGAAUUAUGAGAAGGGUAAUAUAUCAGCAUUCACAAUAAAUGGAAAACGACUCCGGUACGAGUCUCACAAUGAUAACUUACAGUGCCUAUUACUCAGCCGUGAUGGUGAAUAUUUGAUGACAGGAGGCGACAAAGGAAUAGUGGAAGUAUGGCGGACGUUCAACUUAGCCCUGUUGUAUGCCUUUCCGGCAUGUGAUAGCAGUGUUAGGUCACUUGCACUAUCACAUGAUCAAAAAUUCUUGAUGGCAGGCCUGGCGCUGGGCUCCAUAGUCGUUUUCCAUAUCGAUUUCAACAGAUGGCACCACGAGUUCCAACAACGUUAUUAACGUCAGGGACGAUGACUAUCAGGAAUAUGUUUCUGCUCCAGUCAAAUGUAGUACAUAGGUACUUAAAAAAAAGCAUACUGUACUUACCUUAUUGUUCAUAUUUUUAUUGUUGUUUCAAUAGCAUUAGGGUUUUUGUUUUCAUCUGGAAUUUUUGUUCAAUGAGCUUUUAAUUAGGCAGCAUUUACCAUUGUUGAAUUUUACCAUUAAUCUAUGUGGUGUAGAUAAUUAUUCAUUAAUUUGUUUAAGUGAAAGCAUUUUGAAAUACUGUAUUUCAAUUAACAUAUUCAGUACUUAACGUUUUGGAUAGUGUAUAUUGUUUUAAUGUAGCUUGACGAAGAGGAGUCAAGAACUAUGGUCGAAUAGGUCGUUUUACUUUCUAGUUGUUUUACCAAGAUAUUUUCACAGUGUUGGAACGAUUUUCAUGUAUGUUCACAACAUGCUUCAAUGAUAUUUCUCAUAAUGAUCGAAUUUUCAUCAUUCUUCUUGAUUUCUCUGUACAGUAUUAAGUGUAAGGGUUCAGUACUUGCCUUUGUUUGACAUGAAUUAUCUCAUAUAUUUUGGAAAUGUAGUAUAUAAAUUUGACAACAAUUUUCUGAAGUUGGGACAGUACCUACAUACAAAAUAAACAUACCAGUGACAAACAUGAAAUCAUCAAUUUUAUAGUUACUGAUUUUGGGAUUGGUGUCUCUUUAAUAAAAUGUUGGAUACAAGGCACUAUUGAAAAUUUUGAUAAUAUUGGGAAUUUGGUGAAAGAACUGACAAAGUGGUUUCUAUCCAGGUGAUGAAUUGAUCAUAAUUCUCUCCUUCUCUAGUAAAUAAUUUCAAGCGAAUGUCCCUAUAAUCUAAAGCUUUCGUUAUUGAGAAACCUUCCAUGUUCCAUUAUAAAGUGAACUUCAGAACAUUUGAAGUGUUUUUUUUGUUUUCAUCAACCAUUAUAUAUUAUAUUUGGAUAUUCUCAUAUUUUUUAUCCUCAAUUACCCACUACAGAUACAACCAACGUAGGUUUUUGUGGAGGAAAUCGAUGUUUUUCAUAGAUAUUUUUAAAUAAUUACAUCUUCUACAAUCUGAAAAAAUGAAAAUUAUAAUGGAUUACUUUAUCAUGGAAGUGUAAAAGCGAAAUUUCGAUUUUCAACGUCGUAAUUUCCAAGAAACAAUGAAAAUAUGUGACCCCUCUGCGCUUCCGUACUGUAUACCUUUACUGUUUCAAAAAGUUAAUCAACAACUCGGAUAUAUUUCAUGUUCAAAUCUAUUUUGAUACCUAUCAAGAAAGAAAAAGAAAAAUAAAACUAGAAAACUGCGAUAUAUAUUUAAUUUUUUCCAUUUCUGUUGAAAACAGAAUUUUAGCUUUCGAAAAGUUAAUUAUUAAUGAAAUUUUAAUUUUUUUUUUCAUAAGUAGGCAACGUUUAUAAAAUAGUUACCGAUGAACAGAACACUUUGCUUUGUGAAAAAUGUUUCGGAUUUCAGUUUUCCUUUCCUACACCAGUAUAAGGUGUUUAUUUUUUAGAUUAUGGUAUGUGAAUAUACCUUAAAAAGUUCAAUGCAAAACGUCACAGUUAGGUUUUGGAUGAACGAAUUCAUUAAGAAACGAUGUGUGAACAAUUUUAAAUUCCUUUGUUACAAAUCAUGAAUUCUAUAAAAUUUCUCAAUAGCAUUGAUGCAAUAAUUCACAAAUAAAAUUUGAACUACUAAUUACUAAUUUUAUUGGUUAUUUCUGUUCGUUGGGCAGCAAUAAGCAAUAAUAUAGUAACAACAAUUAGUAGUUUGAUUUUACCUCUGAAUCAUUGUGACAAAUGACAUUGACAAAAAUCAUGAAUACCAAAAACGAAUUAUAAAAACUGGCUAUCACUCUUCCUUAUCGAAUUGACAAGGAAUGGUUGGUGGCCUGCUUUAUAUUUCAUUAUUGGACCACUGAAUUUUUGUAUAUCGUUUCAACUUCGUUUGUUGCCAUUAGAUAAUGCCUCAUGGAUUUUUUUCGGGUUGUCUUGAUUAGAAGGUAUAGUCAAUGAAUUGGUUCAAAUAUGUCAAAUAUCUGAAUUGUUUUUACUGAUGACAUUGACAGUUCGGACGGUUUGAGCUCGAAAAAAUAUCAUCAAUGUCACUUAUUCCUCCAUUAUCGAGAAAAACUAUUGAAAAUUCCUUUCGUGAAAAGGAUGUUAUGUCUUCAUCAGAUGGCAUGUGAGGUUUGUAUUUAGUGACGACAUAAUUAUUAUGGUUAGGCAUUGAGAGGAUUUUUGGUUAUUGAAAUUGAAGUAUCCUCGAGCAUAUAACAUUUGCAGGUAUUUCUGUUAUUGUGAUUUUGUUUUUUUCACAGUUGAAACUUGAUGCUUUUCAAAAAUGGAUUAUGAAAUAAUAAUGAAGAUUUUUAUUAAAUUAUGAUUUGUGUAAAUAUGAUCAAAUACAAGGGCAAGUACUCCAAAAACAGAGUCAAUCCAAAGCUGGCUUUUUCGAUAAUGUAAGUUUAAGCACUGUAGUGUUGCUUAUGGCUUGCACAUCCAAUGCCAGCAAUUGUUAAGGCCAUUUCGGCGCACUUUUUCAACGCAGUAUGUGUAACAUUUCGAGAAAUGCGACACAUAGGGCGUUUCAAAAAAACAUUCCCUCCAGCAACUGUAUUAUAAUAUAUUGCAAAUCUGUCCAAGAGAAUCAAACUUAUUGUAUAUAAGUAAGGUUGUUUCCUUUUUUAUGAAGCGCUAAUAAUAAACGUGUAUUGAAAUAUUUACUUAUUGUGUUAUUUUAUUACUUAUGGAAAGAUGUACUUAACUGUAAGAAAUAUUGUAUGUUUGAUGUUAGCAAUAAUAUUAACAUUCAUUUGUAUACAUGAUAUAGGUAUGAAAUAAAUGUGUUUUGUUCAUU